AUGGGUCAGAAGAAAGCAUAUAGUUUGGAGACAGAGCUAGUGCUCGCCAAGUCAAAUGACCAAUACAAUGCGUCUGUUCCACCUCUCUAUCAAUCUGCAACUUUCAAGCAGCCGUCAUUGUCAAAUAUGGGCGAAUACGACUACACCAGAUCUGGAAAUCCUACGAGAACUUUAUUGCAGAACCAUGUGGCCAAGAUUAUGAAAGCAAAGUAUACGUUUGCGGUGACAAGCGGAAUGGGAUGUCUUGAUGUAAUAACUAAAUUAUUGAGUCCAGGAGAUGAAGUCAUAGCCGGUGAUGACUUGUACGGAGGAACAAACAGAUUGUUAACAUAUUUGAAUAAGAAAGGAGACUUGAAAGUCUCGCACUAUGAUACCACUAAUACCGAAUUAAUCAAGUCAAAAAUUACUACAAAUACAAGGAUGAUUUUUUUGGAAUCGCCAACGAACCCCUUAAUCAAAGUUGUGGAUGUCAGAGCAAUCUCUGAUCAUGCGCACUUGGUUAAUCCAGAUAUUAUUGUUGUGUUUGAUAACACAAUGAUGUCUCCGGUUCUCAUGACUCCUUUGAACCUCGGGGUUGAUAUCCAAUACGAAUCUGCUACGAAAUACCUCAAUGGGCAUCAUGACAUUAUGGCCGGAAUCAUCGCCACUAGAAGUGAAAAAUUAGCCGAGCAAGUAUAUUUUGUUAUAAAUUCCACCGGUUGUGGAUUAUCUCCUUUCGAUUCAUGGCUUUUAAGUAGAGGCUUAAGAACCCUAGCAAUAAGGGUCGAAAGACAACAGCAGAAUUGCGUGAAAAUUGCAGAGUUCUUAUCGAAUAUUGGUUUCAAAGUUAGAUAUGCUGGUUUAAAAAGUCAUCCUCAAUAUCAUCUUCAUAAGUCCAUGUGUGAAGGAGCUGGUGCUGUAUUGAGUUUCGAGACAGGAAGUAUCAAGACAUCAGAGAAAAUAGUCGAAAGUACAGAAAUUUUUGGCAUUGCAGUAUCAUUUGGUUGCGUUAACUCUUUGAUAUCCAUGCCAUGCAAGAUGUCUCAUGCAUCGAUUGACGCAACCACAAGAGAAGAGAGGGAUUUUCCCGAGGAUUUAAUAAGAUUAUGCAUCGGAAUAGAAAACUGUGACGAUCUUAUAGAUGACCUCAGCAAAGCAUUGUUAAAGAGUGGGGCAGUUAAGAUUAAUGAUAGAGAUGAAUUGUAUAAUGCAGUUGGCGUACAUGCGAAAUUAUAG